AGCAGUUGUUCCCCAAGGAUGGCCGCAUGGCUGAGUGCGGGCUGGUCAGUCCCACUGUAGCAGUCGUUCCCCAAGAGGUGACAUGAAUUCCGUCGCAGCCAUGGUAGCCGCGCUCCUGUGCAUCGCCCACGGGAGCGUCGAGACCUGUAUGGCCCCCAAGCGUGCGAGGCAUGUGCUAGCAGGCACAGGUGCCGAAGGAGACUUUGAGCUAGUGCUGAAGGAGGAGACUGUAGCAACCGGCAGAUGGUCAGGCAACAAGCUGUGGCCUGGCGCCCUUGCGCUGCUGGGCCGCCUCUCCGAGCUCGCGCCGCGCGCGCCGCGCGCGCGGGUGCUGGAGCUGGGCUGCGGGCUGCCGCUGCUGGCGGCGGCGCUGGCGCAGCUGGGCGCCGAGGUUUGUGCCACCGACCACCCCAGCGUCAUGGAUCAGGUCCGUGCAGCGGUCAAGGAGGAGCUCAUUGAGGGCCUCUCCUCUAGUGCAAUCCAGCGCUUGCGCUUUGAGCCACUUCAGUGGGGCGAACCUUUGAACCUGACGCCCUGCGGCUUUCAAGCGGUGGAUCUCAUCGUGGGCGCGGACUUGGUCUAUGACGGUUUUCCAGUGGAUGCCCUGUACCAGAGCCUCAAGGAACUGAUGGGCAUGUACAGCGGCACUGUGAUGCUGGCGCUUCAACCGCGGCGCUUCCCCAUGACGGCAGCUUUGCGCGAGCCACGCCUUGUUGCCAGCUUCCUGAAACGCUUCGCCCAAGAUGGCUUCCAGGUGUCUGUGGAGGCCACCACGAGUGAGGACCUGGGCCUGGCGCAGCAGCCCCGCCGCGAGAACCAGUCGGCCUCCGAAGGCUUGGUCAUCGCGACCAUCACAACGUCCGACUCUGCUCCUCUUCGGAGAAAUGCAGGCUCAAGGCUUGUGUAUCGACGUGAGGAGCUGAGCACAUGAGGCUGGAGAAGCUCAGAUUCUACGUGGCAAGAUGUAGCUCCCAGCUCACACUUGGCAAGCUGGCGCAGAUUUGCGACACGUUCUGGCUGGUCGUGACCCAUAGCAAUGCCCAGGUGCUUGAGAUCCUUGGAGUUCUGCGCAUGAUGACAAGCUGAAAAGCCUGUUCACCUCAAGGUUUUGCUUGCAGUGCUGGCGCUUUAGCGAAAUGGGUGUGCGCGGGCGUGCAAACGGUCGAGCUGGCGGAUAUGCUGGCGAUGGUGCGCCAACCGGCA